GCCAAGGAGCUGGAAGGCAUCACGGAUACACCAUUAUCUGAAUCGAUAUAAGAAAAUCAGGACUAGGAUCAGGACAAGCAGGAUUAUCAUCCAACAGACAAAAUGUGCGACUGCGGCUGCUAUUCCUACUGUCUGCACGACAGCUCCUGCUAUAGCCACUACCACUCGCACUCGCAUUCGCAUUCCCAUCACUGCUGCGCUGGAUACAAGUAUCUCAAGUGCUUGUGUCGCUACUAUCGCCAUGGGCACUGCACCUGCUCCUGCUGGAGACGGAAAUGCUACCUGCUCUAAGAAGGAGGAGAAGCCGGAGACAGAAUCGGAAUCGUUAUCUGAGGGAGAAUGAAGCUGCGCUGCACCACGACACACACAACAAAUCAAAACUCAAACAACGCAAAUCACCAAAGAAAUCACACGAUAAAGUCCUUUAAGCAGUUGCAUAACACUUGGCUGCAUCCGAAAUCGACCAAGAGUGAGGGAAUGAAGCGAGUGCUAAAUGGAAAAUGGGAAAAUGUUGCCAGGAGGACGGGAGGAGGAAAGGAGGAGGAAAAUGUGGAGCAUGAGGAGAAGGCCAAACAACUAGCGUGCAUACGGGUCGUAUGUGCAACGUUUUCAGUUGUCGUGUGAGAGUUCAGUGUGUGCGGGGUGUGUGUGUGCGAGUGCCUGACUGCGAGUGAAAAUGAAAUGGUUCAAGGAUGCGGCCAACACAGUUAUCGACUGCGUUUUUUGCAUUUUGCAGUUGCAAAAUUUUCCCUUUCCCCCCAUUCACACGAUAAAGUCCCACUUAACUCCCAACUGAAGCAACUCGAAUUAGUGCGUAAGUCUUACUGCACUCCACACCACACCACACUCUCGAUUAACACUACACACCCUCUCCACACACACAUCGUUAUCGAACCUAUGUGCAUCAAUGUUUAGUGCGUAGUUCAAUAUAGACUUUUCGCCAUAUUUGUAACGUUACCAAAUCCAACAGAAACAAUCCAGAAAUAAAG